AUGGCAGACACAAAAAAUCAUUCCCAGGGGUUAAUCAAGUAUAAGAGAGACAUAGCAUUAAACCAAAUCAAACCCCAAACCAAAUCAAAUCAAAUCAAAAUAAAUUAAAAUGGCAAAGAGCUUUGCAGUGGCUGUCCUCCUUGUUGCAUUUUGCUUCUCAUCAUCUGCAUUGGCUCGUUUGGUUCCUGAAGAUGAUACCUUCACAGUUGAAGGAAAGGUGUAUUGCGAUCCUUGUCGUUUCGAAUUCGAGACCAGACUUAGCCACCCUCUGUCAAACAUUAAGGUGACAUUGGAGUGCAAGAAAAUUGGUGACGAGAAGAACAUUACAUACUUGGUUGAGGGUCAAACUGACAAGAACGGAUUCUACAGCCUGCCAGUGAAGGGUGACCACCAAGAAGAGUUCUGCGAGGUGAAGACAGAGAAGAGCACCCAUGCCAAGUGCAAGGAGCCAAUGAAGAAGAUGGAUGUUGACAGAAUUGCCCUCACCAAGAACAAUGGAGUCAGCUCCUCAAUCCGCUUUAUCAAUCCCCUUGGAUUCAUGACCCGCAACAUUGACGCUAGAUGCGUCAGCGUUGCUCAAGAGUUGGGCAUGUUGGUAUCCUUGAACGACCAACACGACAACUAAUUGAGAUCUCGGAUCAUAUUCUGUCUUGUGUGUUGUGCUCAAUGCACACAUUUUUCAUUCACAAGACCCAGCUAUGUCACGAUUUGAUUUGAUUUGAUUUAUUCUUAUGAAAUAAUAUUUUGAUUUGGUUAAUUUA